CCAACUUUUUAGCAACCCCCCCCAGCAUUGGCGGCCAUGUUAAGCCUGGCUUCUAACUUGUAAAAUCAUCACCGCUAUCAUGAGUACAGAGCCACAGGUUGAGUGUUUGAUCCAAAAUAAUGAGGACUGGUCAACCGCAGCUAGGGCGGAGGAGGAAUCCCCUCCAGAAGAUACAUUUAACUGUGAAACGCCCGAGGAGCGCAGCUCUGAGCACCAUGAUGACAUGGAGAUGCUCUCAAACGGCAAUGACUCCAGCGGUAUUGACUGUAAUGGGCACGUGUCUAGCGGAACCGAUUCUCACGGCAACGAACCCAGGAGAUCAAACUGUUCUUUCCGGAGGCCUAGCAAGUCCACCGGCAGCAGCAACAGUGAACAAACGAACAAGACUCGCUCUCUCAAAGAGCUGAUGAGCAUGGUGCAGGAGAUGAAGCGGCGCCUUCCUUCAGAAAAACCGAGCCGCAGUAAACCCAGCACAGUGGAUGCGCUCAACUAUGCCCUGAAGUGCGUCCGACAAGUGCAAGCGAACAGUGAGUUUUUUCAGGUCUUCGCCGACAGCGGAACCUCGCGUUUGGAUACCACUGUACAUACGAUUGAAGAUCUGCAAACCCUGACAUCAAAGCAUCCACCAAAAAACACGGAUACAUUUGUCAUCGUGUUCUCGCUGACAUCGGGGAAGAUGGUGCACAUCUCCGACCAGGCUGCUUACAUCUUAAAUUGCAAGAAGAAGCUAUUGGACUCCUCGCGCUUUGUGGAGCUCCUGGCUCCUCAGGAUGUCAGCGUCUUCUACAAACACACCACCCAGUCUCCUCUUCUGCCUUGGAACAUCAAAGCAGAGACCGCUUCUCUGUAUGAGUACACUCAAGUGAAGUCGUUUUUCUGUAGAAUUCGGGGAGGAAAAGACCGCGAUCACGAGAUUCAGUACAAUCCCUACCGAAUGACGCCAUAUUCCAUGAAAGUCAGUGUGUCCCCUCACAGUAAGCCAGAGCAUUGCUGUCUUGCUCUGGUAGAAAAGAUUCACUCCGGAUAUGAAGCUCCCAGAAUUCCCAUGGAUAAACGAGUCUUUACCACCACACACACCCCUGGCUGCGUUUUUCUAGAGGUAGACGAUCGAGCUGUACCGUUGUUGGGUUACUUGCCUCAAGACUUGGUCGGUACUUCAAUCUUGAUGUAUCUACACCCAGAGGAUCGCCUUUUAAUGCUUGCCAUGCACAGAAAAAUUCUGAAAUAUGCAGGGCAACCGCCGUUCGAGCAUUCCCCGAUCAGGUUCUGCACCCAGAAUGGUGACUACAUCACUUUGGAUACCAGCUGGUCCAGCUUUGUCAACCCCUGGAGCAGAAAAGUGGCGUUUAUUAUCGGACGGCACAAAGUGCGAACGGGGCCGCUGAAUGAAGAUGUGUUUGCUGCAAGAAGUACAGAAAUCAACAACGUUGACAAAGAAAUAAAAGAACUGCAAGGACAGAUCUACAAAGUCCUUUUACAGCCUGUACAUAACACCGGUUCCAGUGGCUACGGGAGUCUGGGUAGUAAUGGAUCCUAUGAACAUUACAUCAGCAUUGCCUCUUCUAGUGAUUCCAAUGGAAACUGUGUGGAUGAAUCACAUAAAGAACCGAUGACUCCGAGACAACUGUACACGGACAUCAACCGCAUCAAGAAUCUCGGUCAGCAGGUCUACAUCGACACGAGGAGCAAGCCUGUGCCCAAGAAGGUGGAGGUUCUCCAAAAGGAUCUUCAGAGAGAAAAACCCAAUCUGAAUGGCUUCCUGCGACCUCAGGAAAACGUGGUGGCGGAGGGAAAUGCAGAUUCAUCAUAUGAAGCUUCCAGGAAGGGGCAGCACAUACCUUCAUACCAGCAAAUCAAUUGUGUGGACAGUAUUAUCAGGUACCUGGAGAGUUAUAACAUGCCAGCGCUGAAGAGGAAGUGCGAGUCCUCCACAAACACCACCUCUUCGUCAUCAGAAGACGACAAGCAGGGCUUUUCCGGACAGAACGACCAGGAGGUUUUAGAAGAUGUUCCCGUGCUAGCGGUGCCUACGAGCCAGUUAUCAGCGGAGUCAAUGGUUACAACCGACGCUCAGACAACAGCAGCCGUGGUGGGAGCUCCGCUGACCGAUCUUGCACUGUCCAAGGCCAUGAGUGUUGUGUCCGUCACCAGCCAGUGUAGCUACAGCAGUACCAUUGUGCAUGUUCCACAGCCCGAGUCAGAGGUGACGGCCAUAGAAGAUGCCACUGCUGGCAGUGAGCAGAUUGAGAUGAGGUCUUCACAAGUGCCUGGUUCCACAGUGGCACCGGAGGAAUUAAAGCUGGUUGGGUUGACGAAGGAAGUUCUUUCUGCUCACACACAGAAAGAGGAACAGAAUUACGUGGACCGGUUCCAACAGAGGAUCCUGCACUCUCCGUACAGCAGCUAUCUGCAGCAAGACGGCCGCAGCAAGGCUUGCUUCCAUGAACAAGGUGUCCAAGGUGAACACUCUUCUCAGCAGACCACCCCAUCUGCUUGGAAGAAAGGUAAAAAACAUGGUAAGCACAAACGGCAGAAACCCAUGGAAUCCUCGGACAGUAAUGGUUCUCGUCCCAAUCUGCCACCACGGCCGAGGAGGCCAGGUCCUUUGCCGCAGUCUUGGACACCAUCUGAAGUUUCUCAUCCAAGCCCCCCGAACAUAGCUUUCCCUCCCUCUGUGAUGAUCCAACCGGCCUACUCCAUGCCGGGGUUUCAGAUGCCGCACAUGGCAACUGCGAUGGCAGGAGACUGUACCACCUCAACUGUGACUCCAGAGUCCAUCCCGCAGUCCAACAUCUACAACAUGCAGACCUUCCCAGGAUUCCCUUCUCCGUACAUGGGUACCCUCAUGGCUGUUAUCCUCCCCAACUACAGCAUGUACCCACCUAUGAACCCACAGGUGCUUCAGCCUUUCUUCCCUUCUCAGUACCCAUGUCCACCUGCUUAUCCAUACACUGCAAUGCCUAGCACCCCUCAGAACGCUCCGUCACAAAUCCCCACAGACUUUGUGGACCUGACUUUUGGAGCCUCGUCCCCCAUGUCUGCAGAGGGACAGCAGGAAGUACAGAGCGAAGACCCGCGCCUCUUCAGCAACUCUAGAAGCAGCUCUCCUCUGCAACUGAUGCUUCUUCAGGAAGAGUUACCAAAACCGGCAGAACCUCAAGAGGGACCCAAUGCUGAGAAGCAGUCGGAUAUCAAAUGUGCGAACGCAGCCGGGAACAGCGGCAACAAUGACGGCCACUCUGCUUCUAGCGAACUUUUUGACCUUUUGCUACUAGAGGAAUCCCAGUCUGGUACUGGGUCAGCAGCUUCAGGAUGCGGUUCUGCCAAUUCCAGCACUUUGGGAUCUGGUUCCAACGGUUUUACCUCAAACGGGACCUUUGGAAGCGGCACAGGGAGCAGUAACAGCAGCAAGUAUUUUGCUAGCAAGUCUUCUGCUAGCAAGUCCUCUCACACUUCCAAAAAGGGUCACAAGCGACAGGAGGCUGCACAGUCAGAUUCCUUCUCCAAGGCUGCCGUAGAUCCUAUAUGGACUUUAAUAGAGCAGACGCCGACCCCCAUCAUGAUGACGUAUCAGAUACCCAAGAGGGAUAAGGAGACAUUGCUGAAAGAAGAUCUGGAAAAGCUAACAGCCAUGCGUAACAAACAGCCCCGGUUCACAGAGGAGCAGAAGGAGGAGCUCGCGGAAGUACAUUCUUGGAUCCGAAACCGUUCGAUCCCUCAGGAGAUAGACACUCAAGGAUGUAUCACUUGUGAGAAUGGAGCCCCAAGAAGCAACAACCCCAAGAAGGAAAACACAGCAGGAGACGGCUCCACCAAAACUGCCGAACGACCUCCGUCAUCAUCCCAAACAGAGCAACAGCAGCAACACACUCCAAGCCUGAGCAGGAAAACGACAAACUCAGAGACCUGCCUAUCGUCGUAAAUACUUUUCUUUUUCUAUAAAGUUUUAUUUAAAGUCCGUUCUUCACCG